UUAAGGCCCAGCGACAUGCUCUCCAGGAGGCCGCUCGCCGCCGCGCUACGCCUCGCGCCCCUCUCGCCUCCGCUCCUCCUCUUCUUCGCCUCCUCCUCCUCCUCGUCGUCGUCACCCGCCUCGUGCUCCUCCCCCGCCGCUUCGGCCUCGGGCCCCAGAGGCUGCAGUGCUCUAAGGAUGGAUACCGGCGCUGUGGAGCCAGCUUCAACGGGGGCAAUCUGGUCAACACCGUCGGUGGAGCCGAGAAGCAUUUCCAUCGGGAAGCAGAUAUUCUGCAACAGGUCUCUCAACAUGAGGAACAUCACCGCAGUAGGAUUUGAUAUGGACUACACUCUUGCGCAGUACAAGCCUGAGACAUUUGAGGCCCUUGCUUACCAUGGCACCAUUGAGAAGCUCGUGAAGGAUCUCAACUACCCUGAGGAGCUGUUGACAUGGCAAUUUGACUGGAAGUAUAUGGUCAGAGGACUAGUUCUUGAUAAGAAAAGAGGAAAUAUCUUGAAGAUGGACCGGCACAAGUAUGUAAAAGUUGCAUACCAUGGAUUUAGGGAGAUGUCAAAGGAAGAGAAAGUUGCUGCUUAUGGGAGUACAUUGAUAAGGGAUUCCUUCGAUGAACCUGAUUAUGCCCUUAUAGAUACACUUUUCUCACUGGGUGAAGCCUAUCUGUUUGCUCAGCUUGUUGAUUUCAUGGACAACAAUCCUGCAAAAGUACCUUCAGGCACUGACUAUGCGCAUAUGUAUAGAGAUGUGAGGUCUGCGGUUGAUCUGUGUCAUCGUGAUGGAACUUUAAAACGAAUGGUUGCAAAGGAACCUAGCAGGUAUAUUAAUGAAGACUUGGCAAUUGUGCCGAUGCUUCAAAUGCUUAGAAAAUCUGGACGCUCCACAUUCUUGGUGACAAACAGUUUAUGGGACUACACUGAUGUUGUCAUGAACUACCUAUGUGGGCCAUAUAUGUCAGAUGUAAGCUCAAGUCACAACCACAAGUGGCUUGAGUAUUUUGAUGUUGUUAUAACAGGCAGUUCAAAGCCAAGCUUUUUUCAUGAUGAUAAUCGAACAGGAUUGUUUGAAGUUGAGCCUGAUUCUGGGAAACUUCUAAAUGCUGAUCUUCAGAUUGGAAGCCCAAGAUCAAGUCAACAUCAGCCAAAACCAAUUCACAAAGUGUACCAGGGAGGCAAUGUUGGUCAUCUUCACAGACUACUUUCUGUUGCUUCUAGUUCGCAGAUCCUCUAUGUUGGUGAUCACAUAUAUGGGGACAUACUCCGCAGCAAGAAAGUUCUAGGUUGGCGGACUAUGCUGGUAAUACCUGAGCUGGAGCAAGAGGUGAAGCUUCAAUCAGAAUCAAAGUCUACUCGAAAGGAGCUUAGACACCUUAGAAUGGAGCGCGAUUCAGUUGAAGACACGAUCCAUCGCCUUGAAUGGUCUCUUCAAUUUGAAGAUCUUACAGAGAAUGAGAAGGGGAAGUUGUUAUCUGAGCAUGAUAAUCUACUGCAAAAGCUGAAGGGUAUUCGCUGCCUUCUCCGAGAUGCUCAGAUGCAACAUCAUCAGAAGUUUCACAAGGUGUGGGGACAGCUUAUGAAGACUGGGUACCAAAAUUCUCGGUUUGCUCACCAGGUCGAGAGAUUUGCGUGCCUAUACUGCAGCCAAGUUACAGGCUUUGGGUUGUAUUCUCCCAACAAGUAUUACCGUCCGAGCGAAGAUUACAUGCCCCAUGAGUUCGAUGUGCUUGGCCUGUAGAACUAGUUUGUGUUGAUGCGGAAUCGAAGUUCUCCUUUGAGGUGUAGGUUGCAACAAGAUAUGGGCACAAUUUUAGCAUGAUACCGAAUAACAAAUGUUUACCACCUCACACAAUGGAUGAGGUCUACCUGGUGAAACUUCAUCCAUUUUACAUGUUUAUAUACUAUAGUUGCUGAUAGGAAAUUUUACAGGUUUCCCGCUUUGUACAUAACAUGUUCUAACAGGGGGCGAAUGAAACCAAUGUUGAAUGUUGAUCAUUCCAACUUUCAAAGUGAAUAAUUUAAUUUGGUUACU